AUUUAAAAGUGAACCUGUAAAUGGUUUCAUCCUCGUGGUUUUGCUGUGAGUGCAGUAUUUUGACUGUCAGAAACGGGGCACUCGGAUUCAGCCGGACAGUCCGGUAUCAGAACAGAAGGACUCACCAUGACGGAGAGCAGGUCUGAACAGGUGAGGGUGUGAUCCCUCUGUGCUUGAUCCACAGCGAAGCCGACAGCCGGGCGGAUCGAGGAGCAAUGGCUGGAAACUUUGACCUGAACCAGCCUCUCAUGGGGGCCGGCCUGGAGAGCCCAGCAGACGAAGAAGGAGUUCAUGUCAGCUUCAGCCAGCUGAUUGCAGAACAGAUUGGAGAAAGUCCUGAUGGAUUUGAGCUGCAGCAGCUGCAGAGAGCUCUGAAUGAUGAGGACAGAGAUUAUGUGGGCGAGUUGGGGUCUGCAUUUGAGUAUCCGGGGCGGGGGCUAAAUGACAUGGAAGGGGAGGAUGAUGAUGGAGGAGAAACAGACCCACAGGACGGUUUACCCUGGUCCUCUGCCACGCUGAAGAUCCUGUCCUCCAUGCCCAGCCGCACCAUCGGCCGCAGCAGGGGGGCCAUCCUCUCUCAGUACUACAACAAGACCCUGCAGCUCCGGAGGCGCGGUCAGAGCCGCUCGUCCCUCCGAGACUUCUCCCGCUCCUCCCGGCCAACCAUACGAGGCUACGGCAUGGAGGUGGACACAACGGACGGACCAGAGUCUGAGAUGAAGAAGAAGAAGGAGCGCUUGGUGAACAACCUGCAGAACCUCUCCGUGGGAGAGAGACUGAAGAUGCUGCGAGGGAUGCCUGUGAGCGUGGCUGAGAAAAAAGAGCUGAGGAGGCUAACAUUACAAAAGGACAAGCCUCCCCCCUCCAGCAGUAAGAUUCCCUGUUGCAGUCAGCUCAAGUUUUACAUCAUCAUAGCGGCGAGGCACAGCUGGUACAGCUGGCUGUCCUUCCUGCACUCCCUCCAGCCGUGGCAGUUUCUGUUUAAGAGAAUCGGAGGCCGCUUUGGGACCGGAGUCCUCUCCUACUUCCAGUUCCUGAAGACCCUCCUCUUAUUCAACGUCUUCCUAUUCCUGGUCACGUUCGCUUUCCUGGUGCUCCCCCAGGCGAUGCACCCUACAGAGCUGCCUGUGGGGGUGCGAACCUUCUCUGGGCUGGAGCUAAUCAGCGGAGCGGGGCUCUUCACCGAUACGGUGAUGUACUACGGGUACUACAGCAACUCCACGCUGCAGAAGAGCUGUGCGAGAGAGCACAACGCGUCCGCCUCCACCGACCAUGACUGUGUGUCCGAGCGCCUCUCCUACAACAUGCCGCUCGCCUAUUUCUUCACCAUCGGGAUGUCGUUCUUCAUAACCUGCAUCAUCCUUGUGUACAGCAUGUCCAAGUCGUUCGGCCGCAGUUUCCGAAUUGACAAAUCUUACAGCAUCUUGGCCAUGAAGGUCUUCAGCUCCUGGGACUUUAGGGUCAUCAAGAAGAGCUCCGUGGAGCUCAUGUCUCAAAACAACUGCACACAGCUGAGGGAGAUACUAGCAGAGGUGGUUCAGAAGAAGGAGAAGAACGGUGGGUGCCAGGCGCUGUGGCGGCUGAUGGUCCACGGGCUGGCGUGGGCGAUCUGCAUUGGAGGCACUGCUGGCUGUGUGAUCAGCGUUUACUUCUUCUCUGAAUACAUGCACCAGGAUCUGCAGCGAACGUCCCGUCAGACCAACACACACCCCUUACUGAAGGAAGCCAGCCUGCUGGCUCUGCCUGCUCUGGUGUCCCUCCUCAACCUGCUGCUGCCGAGCCUCUUCAGCCUGGCCGCCUGGAUGGAGGAGUACCACUCUCCGUCUGUGCGCACAUACGUGGCUCUAGGACGAAACUUGAUGCUGAAAGUGAGUGUGCUCGCUGUCCUCUGUUAUCACUGGCUGGGUCGGGUGGCAGCCAAUCCCAGCGACAUUAACCUCAUGUGCUGGGAGACGUUUGUGGGUCAGGAACUGUACCGCUUCCUCAUCAUGGACUUCAUCUUCACGCUUUUGAACACGCUGUUUGGAGAGCUGCUCUGGAGGUUGUUUUCUCGGAACGUGCUGAGGAGGAGCAGGAAUCCGGCGUUCGAUAUCGCCCGGAAUGUUCUGGACCUGAUCUACGCACAGACGCUGGCCUGGAUCGGCGUCCUCUUCAGCCCUCUGCUGCCGGCCGUGCAGAUCCUCAAGCUGCUGCUGCUCUUCUACGUCAAAGUGACCAGUGUGAUGAUGAACUGUCAGGUCCCCCGGAGGCCCUACAGAGUCAGCCAGAUGACCACCAUCUUCAUCACCCUCCUCUGCUUCCCCUCCUUCCUGGGUGCAUCUGUGUGUGUAACUUACACCAUGUGGAGCAUCAAACCCUCUUCCUCGUGUGGCCCGUUUCGGGGGCUCAGGACCAUGUUCCAGGCCGGGAAACGCUGGGUUCAGGAACUGGAGAAGAAUAAUCCCGACCUUUCCGUGCUCGCCAGGGUGCACGCCUACCUAGUGGAAAACCCGUUUUUUCUGUUCGUUGGAGCAGGCAUCUUCCUGAUCGUGAUCUACUUCUACAGCCAGGUGGUGGACGGCCAGAGGAAGGUCAUCGAAUUGCUGCAGGAGCACAUAGAGGAGGAGGGAGCGCAUAAAAAGUACCUAAUCUCUAAACUUCAGAACAUGCAUGAAAGCAAAAAGAGAAUCCCCAGAAGACUCAGGAGUCAGGACUCUGGCUGUUGAAGCUGCUCCUCCUGCAGAAGAGCCUUCUCCGCUGAGGAGCCUGGCUCCCGCCGGAGCUUUGCUGGGAUCAGUCAGGAUCCUUCCUACAGAUUAUUGGAGCUCUGAUGUUUGCUCAACAGCCA